AAGCCACGUUAUAUUGCCUCGAAGCGACCUCUCCCCGUCGUUCAACUCCCACUUCGGUGUUCGCAGUUUCGCGAUCCAGUCGUGCAAUUUGCGGUUGCCAUGGCCGGUAGAGGCAAAACCCUAGGUUCGGGAGCGGCGAAGAAAGCUCAGUCUCGCAGCAGCAAGGCCGGGCUGCAGUUCCCGGUGGGUCGUAUUGCUCGGUUCCUCAAGGCCGGCAAGUAUGCUGAGCGCGUCGGCGCCGGAGCUCCGGUCUACCUCGCCGCCGUCCUCGAGUACCUCGCGGCUGAGGUUCUGGAAUUAGCUGGGAAUGCGGCGAGGGACAACAAGAAGACUAGAAUCGUGCCGCGCCACAUUCAACUCGCGGUGAGGAACGACGAGGAGCUGAGCAAGCUUCUUGGGGACGUGACGAUCGCCAACGGAGGCGUCAUGCCCAACAUCCACAACCUUCUCUUGCCGAAGAAGACCGGGACCUCGAAGUCUGCCGCUGCUGAUGAUGAAUGAUCAAAAGUCGAAAGCUUCGAAGACGGCCGUCAGAAGGAGGGGUUCUUAGGUUGCUCCCUUAUUUCAAUUUAGGUUGUUGUAGGCUUUUUAAACUUUGUCAGUGAGUGAGUUUGUCUGGUAGAAUUUGUGUUGGUUAGAUUAGGGUGUUGGUGCUUAAGGGGGUUUUUUUACAGAUUGUGAAUACUUGUUCAUCUUCUAGUUUCUUAAUACAAGAAAUUCUGGAGAUUUUUGAGAUGCA